CAAUUAAAUCGUAUACUGUAUAAGGAGUUUUCGCUUGGAAUUCAGUUACAAAUUAUCGCACGCACGGGAAAGUCGAACCUAUUUUAUUUGUUGUAUAGAAUCCAGCUAAAGAGACUCAAACCAUGGCAGACGACGACAAUGCCCAGUUCGACACCGUGGACUCGGGGGCCUCGAAGACCUUUCCGAUGCAGUGCUCGGCACUGCGGAAGAAUGGGUUCGUGAUGCUGAAGGGGCGUCCCUGCAAGAUCGUGGAGAUGUCCACCUCGAAGACGGGAAAGCACGGCCACGCGAAGGUGCACCUGGUGGGCGUGGACAUCUUCACCCAGAAGAAGUACGAGGACAUCUGCCCCUCGACCCACAACAUGGAUGUGCCGCACGUGAAGCGCGAGGACUACCAGCUGACCGACAUAAGUGACGACGGGUUCGUCACCCUGAUGGGCGACAACGGGGACAUCCGCGAGGACCUCAAGGUGCCGGACGGGGAGCUGGGGGGAGCUCUUCGCUCCGACUUCGACGACGGCAAGGACCUCCUCUGCACCGUGCUGGCGGCCUGUGGAGAGGAGUGCGUCAUCGCCAUGAAGAACAACUCGGGCUUGGACAAGGGAGGAGGAUGAUGAAGAGGCGGGUCAAAAAGAGAAGCGGGGGAGUUCGGUUGGAACUGGUGGAUAUUAGAUAUUUAACGAACAAAUAAAACUCUGGAUGCGAAUUAA